GCGGCGUGACGUGGGGCUGCGUGGGAGAGGGCUCGCGAGAGCGAGCCAAGUCUCGCGUGUUUUCCCCCCCUCGCUCGUAGUCUGCGCCUAGCGGCGGUCGGCGGUCCGCUGGCUCCUCGUAGCGCGCCUUGCGGUCGCCCGGUCCGAGGUUGGAGUGUGACCCCGGCCCUAGGCCGGGGCUCUUCCCCCAGCGAGGAGACGGAUCCGGAGGGGCUGCAGACCAAGAUUGUUGAGAACCAGACGUAUGAUGAACGUCUAGAGAUUAAGGAUUCCGAAGAGGUUGCAAGUAGUUGUACCCCAACCUCAGGAAACCAAGGAUUUCCUCAUUCUGCCCAUCCUCCUAGUAACACCAUGGCUGAUAACAGCAGUGACGAGUAUGAAGAGGAAAAUAACAAGGUCCUAAGGGAGGGCAUGCCACAGGCUCCAGGCCACAGAGUUAAAGACAUGGACCCCAUCCCAACUGCCUCUGCAAGUCCCAAGUGCCACCAGAUUGCUUCCCAUGGACUUGAGCGGGUGGGAUGGUACAGAGACAGCCAGAAGCUCAGAAAGGAGAAGAAGAAGGCCUCGCAGCUGACUCCUCAGCGCGGCUUCAGUGAGAACGAGGAGGAGGAUGACGAUGAAGACGACUCAUCAGAAACAGAUUCUGAUGAAGACGAUGAUGACGACGAGCACGGAGCACCUCUGGAAGGGGCCUACGACCCUGCAGAUUAUGAGCAUCUGCCUGUUUCUGCUGAGAUUAAGGAACUCUUCCAGUACAUCAGUAGGUACACACCCCAGCUGAUCGACCUGGACCACAAACUGAAGCCCUUCAUUCCUGACUUCAUCCCAGCUGUCGGGGAUAUCGAUGCAUUCUUAAAGGUUCCGCGGCCGGAUGGAAAGCCUGACAACCUUGGCCUGUUGGUCCUGGAUGAGCCAUCUAUGAAGCAGUCGGACCCUACGGUGCUGUCGCUCUGGUUAACAGAGAACUCGAAGCAGCACAACAUCACACAACAUAUGAAAGUAAAGAGCUUGGAAAAUGCAGAAAAGAAUCCCAAAGCCAUCGACACCUGGAUUGAGAGCAUCUCUGAGCUCCACCGCUCUAAGCCCCCAGCGACGGUGCACUACACCCGGCCCAUGCCCGACAUUGACACCCUGAUGCAGGAGUGGUCCCCAGACUUUGAAGAACUUUUGGGCCAGGUGAGCCUGCCCACAGCUGAGAUCGACUGCAACCUGGCUGAGUACAUAGACAUGAUCUGUGCCAUCCUAGACAUCCCUGUCUACAAGAGUCGGAUCCAGUCCCUCCACCUCCUGUUCUCCCUCUACUCGGAAUUCAAGAACUCCCAGCAUUUUAAAGCCCUGGCUGAAGGCAAGAAAGCAUUCACCCCUCCAUCCAACUCCACCUCCCAGGCGGGGGAUGUGGAGACGCUGACGCUGAGCUGAGCCGCCAGGCUCCGCCUCACGCCCCCUGGUGCCCGCCAGCUCUGCACCUGGGCGCCAGCAGUGCCUUCCAUCUUUGUACUAAUGUUUGUAAAUCCCAUGGCCCUCCCCAGGACUUGCUUGCGCCCCCCCCCCCCAGGAGACCCACAGAGCAUGGGGGGGAGGGGGGGAAAUCGGAAGAUGUUUUCUUAGGGAUAGGGAUAGCAUUAUUUUGUUUAAUUCCUAAAGUUGGCAGUGGUUUUACAAAUAAAAAUGCUCUGUCAGGUUGUGAUG